AUAGAAGAUGAAGUUGACCGUCGGAGAAAACUUGGUUUUGAUAGUUUACAAAGGCUUAAAAUCAUAGAAGAGACUUAUCGGCCUCUACAUCCAGAGAUAUUUGUUUUUAAGGAAUUUUUUUUGUCACCAAAGUUUUUACAACUUGUGAAGUGCUGUAAAGAUGCCGAUGCUACGUUUGAAGGUGUUUGCGAAUAUAUUCAGGAAUUAGAAAUUUCCAGAUGCUAUGUUAUUCCGGUAUUUACAGACGAGUUUUGUAAACUGUUUCUAGAGGAAGUACAUCAUUUUGAACAGAGUGAUGCUCCAAAAGGCCGACCGAACACAAUGAAUAAAUAUGGGGUGCUUCUUGAAGAGCUAGGCUUCGAUCCUUUCUUCACUGAACUAAGAGAGCAAUACCUGAAACCAAUCACCAGCCUGCUGUACCCAGAUCUAGGAGGUGGUGAGCUCGAUUCCCACAAGGUAUUUGUAGUGCAAUAUAAAGUUGGAGAGGACCUUGACCUUGCAUAUCACUAUGACAACGCUGAGGUCACACUAAAUAUAGCAUUGUCACCCAAAGACUCGUACAAGGGAGGUAAUCUUUACUUUGGUGCUAUGAGAACAGAACUUGCUGUUGAUCGAUAUAAGGAGAUAGAGCAUCAAUCAACGGCAGGUGUGCUUCAUAGAGGACAACACAUGCAUGGAGCAGCAUCUAUCACAUCAGGAGAAAGGUUUAAUUUGAUAUUAUGGAUGAGGGCCUCUAUUGUUAGAAAUAAGAAAUGUCCUAUGUGUGAUAGUAUACCUGAUUUAGUUGAAACUGUCGGGUUUGGUGAUGGCUUUACAAAGCCAGAAACUGUAGAUGUCUGUUCAGUGGUUUAGUUUAUGGUCAAAAAGUGUUAUAUUAUAACUAUUUUUCAAAUUACAGCAUUGGAAAUAACCACAUUGACAUAUCUUUUCUUUGCCACAUCCCACUAAAAUGAAUUCAUGUUAGCAGUGCAGUAUCAGUUUUCAAUGUGUAGGUAACUUUUUCAUGUAUAUUUGUGUUAACUAUUUAAUGGUACAGUAGGAUUUGCACAUUUCAGUGGGGUAUGGCAAAUAAACAAUACAUGUAUUUUGAAUUUAGCCCAUAUUGGAUGCUUUAAACAUGGAGUUGAAAUUUUAAAUUUGAUAGUGACAGAGUUGUGUCAGAGUAUUUAUUUAUCAGAAGUGUUUAUUUUUUGGUGGUAUCUUUUUCAAAUUUAGCAUAAUGUUUAUAAUGUUAUUUAGCAUUACAAAACCAUUAGGGUAUUUUUGUACUCGUAGCUCUUAUGAGCACAAAUGGCACCUGAGCACAAAGUGCUUAGAGGUGAGCUUUUGUGAUGGCAAUGUGUCAGUAGUUUGUCUUCCGUCGCUUGUCAUUAUCUACAUUUUCUAAAUAUAAAUUACACCUCCUUAACCACUUGGUGGAUUUGGAACAAGCAUUACAUGAAUGAUCUUGAAGUGACCCUCUUCAAAAGUUUUAUAAAUGAUUUUAGUUUGUUGCAGAAGUUAGUCGCAGGAGCUAAAAAUAGUCUCAAAAAUGAAUUCUUUAAAAUUCUUCUUUUCGGACUUGAUAAUGCUCAGAGCUUUGAUAUUUGGCUUUAUUGCAUAAUGAUCACCUUGUGGUCGGUACUUGCUGGUUGAUUUUCGUUUGCUCAUCUGAAUAAGAAUGCUCAAUGCCUAAUGUAAUGUCUUUAUAUUCUAUAUAAUGAAAACUUAUACUAUAUAACCUAGUUAAUAUGUCCUAUCCUUAACCAUAACAGAAAUACAUAAAACUGCAAAAAAUAUAACUAAUUAUAUAAUCAAUUUAAUUUUUAAGUUUUCUUUAGGUCCUUUAUCCUAUAGUAUUACCACAUAGUUUAAUGUCAGUAUUUAUUAUAUUAUGAUAUUAUUGUUUGAAAAUAGCUUUAAAAUACACAUUUAUCUAUUGUAUGAUCAACAAUACAAAAAUAUUAUUUGCAAUAAUGUCCUAUACACUGCUGUAAUGUGCUAUAGGUAACAUGUAGUAUGUUCCUAUAGAUGUGUUUCGAAACCACCCUGGUUGGUAGUAAUUAUAUUAUGUUGAUAAUGGCUUCUGGCUACUGUUGACCGGACCUUCUAAGUUUUUACACAACAUAAACUGUAUGGUUCAUUCCGUUGUUGUGCUGUUAUAAUCCAGAAUAUUUCUUUAUUAUUUACAUCGAAUGAUGACCCCUCUAAUAUUAUGAUAUAUGUAAUUCUUCCCAUCAUCAUUUAGAUGAACACCAUCUGGUUUCAAAAGAUCUAGACUUAGUGUAGCAUAAUGUCUUAGUUUCCAAAAUGAUACCUGAUGAAGACUUCUAGUGUUUUUUAGUGCUAAUUUAUUGACCUAUUUUACUUCUGCAUUGUAAAGUGUAGUGUUUGCAUUUUGUGUGCGCUGUCUUUGAACUAGCUGCAUUAUACACACAUGUUUUAGAUUGUUUCUACCUUGGAAGCGAGUGGCAGUUGCAAUUAGAUGUUGACCCACUUCCUCUGCGGUAACAUUACCCAAACUAUCCAGAUCAUUGCCACGAUAAGGUAGAUGGGUCGCAAAAAAUCCUCAUUUUAGUGUGAAAUAAGUUCAUCAUAAAUGUGAUUCGUAAAUAAAUCAGUCUCCCUCUGCUGUAUCCAAAAAUACUGACUUUCUGAUUUUCAUUUAGCGUAAACGCUCUAUCAAUUCAACAAUGUCUUCUUUGUUAAUGAGCCGCGUCAGGACAAAUCCAACAUAAUGGGUUUGCGACCAGCAUGGAUCCAGCCCAGCCUGCACAUCCGCGCAGUCUGAUCAGGAUCCAUGCUGUUCGCUAUCAGUUUCUCUACUUGCUAUAGGGUUUGUAAGUGAAUAGCAUGGAUCCUGAUCAGACUGCGCGGAUGCACAGGCUGGUCUGGAUCCAUGCUGGUCGCAAACCCAUUAUGUUGGUUUUAUCGUGACGCGGCUCAAAUUAUGUCUGAAAUGAUUCAUAUGACAAUUUUCAUCCUCCGUUAUCUUUGGAUCUUCUGACAACAUAUCUCGGACAACAUAUGUGAAUCUCCGAGCAACAGUAUAUUCGUGGCCAUCUUUGGGCUAUUGAUAUAUCAAUCCUUAUGUGUAUAUUGUCCUUCCCCUUUAAGCAGUUCAUAAAUAUUAUUUUGUUUUCCUGGCUUCUAAAUCAGUCUUUAUUCCAGUGACAUUAUGCACAUACAAAUAUGUCUAACUCCGCAUCAUAUUUACUAGUGACAUAACUCACGUGAUAAAUCGAUAAAAAGAUAUAAAAAAUAAUCAAUAUGGUUUAUUUUUUUGUACUAGAUAAUCUUAGCGUAGAGUGAAAACGUGUAAGUAAAAAAACUUCUUUGUUUUAGUUUGUUUGAAUAAAUUAGUGCAGCAUAAAAUAUACACAUUAUGGUACAAUUUUAUUUAUUUAACACAUAUAGAAUUUUAUUAAGACUGCAUGAUUAUUUUUCUUAAAGGAAUUUAUGCAUGUUGAAUUCGAAACUGACUGGAAUAUUCCAUGUAAUAAUUUCAUAAAUCAUUAAUUUGAUUUGUUUGACAAGAUGGGUGGUAAUUUUGCUAUUUUAUUUCCUCUUUUGAAAAGUUAAUCAUAACAAAAGUUACAUAGGUAGUUUUUACCAUCCUUUGAAUGUUGGAUUUAAUAGUAUUUCAUGAAAAUAAUAAAGAAAAUAUAUUUCUUUCUGUUUGACCAUAUGGGUGGAAAUUUUGCUAUUUAAUUUCCUCUUUUGGGAAGUUCAUCAUUACAAAAGCUACAUACAAGGUAGUUUUAACUUCCUUUGAAUGUUGGAUUUAACAGUAUUUCAUGAAAAUAAUCAAGAAAAUGUAUUUCUUUCGGAUUUAACAGUAAUUCAUGAAAAUAAUCAAGACAAUGUAUUUCUUUCAGUUUGACCUGAUGGGUGGAAAUUUUGCUAUUUAAUUUCCUCUUUUUAGUUGUUGAUCAUUACAAAAGUUACAUAGGUAGAUUUAACUUACUUUGAAUGUUGGAUUCAAUAGUAUUUCAUGGAAAUAAUCAAGAAAAUAUAUGUCUUUGUUUGACCAGAUAGGUGGAAAUUUUGCUAUUUAAUUUCCUCUUUUUUAAUUGUUGAUCAUUACAAAAGUUACAUAGGUAGUUUUUAUCUUCCUUUGUAUGUUGGAUUUGAUAGUAUUUCAUGAAAAUAAUCAAGAAAAAGGAUUUCUUUCUGUUUUACCAGAUGGAUGGAAAUUUUGCUAUUUUAUUUCCUCUUUUGGAUUAUUGACCAUAGGUAGUUUUUUUUUAACUUCCUUUGAAUGUUGGAUUUAAUAGUAUUUCAUGAAAAUAAUCAAGAAAAAGGAUUUCUUUUUGUUUGACAAGAUGGGUGGAAAUUUUGCUAUUUAAUUUCCUCUUUUGAAUUGAUGAUCAUUACAAAAGUUAUAUAGGUAACUACAAGGGGGUCGGAUGAUGUCACGAGCACCCUGUAUGGCAGAUGACGUCACAAGCAUUCUAGUAUUUUUAAAUUACUUUAACAUGUAAACAAUCAUACUUAAGUAAUAAACUUACGUCUUUAUCGGUAACACAUAACAGUGUUUCCUGCGUCCCAUUUCUUAUUAGAAGUUCAGAAUAAAAAACAGCAAAUUAAAUUCCAUUAUGCAUUAUGGGAUAGUCAAGUGAAGGCAUCUUGACAACCAUUCGUAUAAGGUCUUCAAGCUUAGCCCUAUCUGUCAGUUCUUAAAUUACGGCACUGAUUCUUCUAUUAUUAUUAGAUUUUCAGAGUAAAAAAUAAA